AAAUGAAUACGUUACUCGGUCGGUGGUUCGGUUCGGGGGACUCUUCGCAGAUCAGGUUAAUGAGUAUUGGUUGGAUUCCGCUUUUUAAUUGGUGGUCUGUGGCGCCCUCUACUGGACAAUACCUUACAUUGCAGUGAGGCGCAGCACUAGUGUUGAGAGAAGGUGCAGCGGCUCCCCCUGUCGGUUGCUGGAGGAACUGCACAUUCCAGCGUCUCCUCCACUGCCAAUUAAAAACACAGAGAGCAUUCUCUCGCUUCAGAUGGGUUCAGAAAACAUGGACAACAAACAGAACGUUCCUCUCUCUGGACCCUCAGUCCACGUAGUGAGCAGAAACCCAGCUGAACUGCGUGAAAUCAUCCUCAACAGAUUUGGGUGUGAGGCCACCUUUGAGGGCGUGGAAUUUCAGGGUGGUUCUAAAACCCUUAAAAAGAGAAAGGCACCUGCCCCCCCAUUGCAGAGGUAUGGGGUUACCCUGCCUUCAGGUGUCCGCGUGUCUGUGUGGAAGGCCGACCUCACACAAUUAAACGUGGAUGCUGUUGUGAAUGCUGCCAACACUCAGCUUAGCCAUGGCGGUGGCCUUGCUGCUGCCCUUUCUGAAGCCGGUGGGCCACAGAUCAAACGUUACAGCGAUGAUUAUAUUCGCAAACAUGGUCGCUUGAAGACAGGACAAGCAAUCAUCUGCGAUGCAGGGUCUUUACCAUGCAAGAAAUUGAUUCAUGCUGUGGGGCCAUAUGUAGCAAAAAGCUCUCAAGUUAAUAAACAAGCUAGAUCAGAGCUGGAGACAGUCAUAAGGAGCAUUCUUGAAAUAGUUGUAAAACAUCAGCUGAACACGGUUGCCAUCCCUGCCAUAAGCUCUGGAUUGUUCAACUACCCCCUGGAAGACUGUGCACGCACCAUUGUGACCACAGUGAAGCGCUACUUUGAGUCCUUGCACAGUUCCAGGUUUUUCCAGAACCCUAUAGAGAUCCAGCUGGUGAACAAUGAUGACCCCACAGUUACGGCGAUGUUGAAGGCUUGCAAUCAGAUACUAGGAUCUACGUCCUCCAUGUCAUACAGCCAGGCUGUAUCAAGCAACACGAGAAGCUCUGCCAACACACCACCCAUCACUGUCCAGAUUGGAAAUGUCCUCGUGAGGCUCAUGAAGGACAGGAUUGAAGAGCAGCGAACGGACGUCAUCGUAAACACAGCAUCACCGAGUAGAGAUCUGACCACUGGUGCGAUAUCUCAGGCUUUGUUGAAUAAAGCUGGAUAUAAGAUGCAGCAGGAAAUAAGAAAUGCUCAGCAAAGGGGCCACAUCGUUGUCACAAAACCCUACAAUCUCAAGUGUAAAGAGGUGUUCCACACCUUUUGUGUUGACAAAAGAAUAGACUUCAGUGCCUCGCAGGUUCUGUUCGCUUCCGUAUUGGACUGCUUGAAUAUGGCAGAGAGACAUGAUCACAAGUCAAUCGCUUUUCCUGCGAUCGGGACCGGAGCUCUGGGCUUCACUGGACAAGAAGUGGCUUCCAUCAUGUCCCAGGCAGUGAUGAACUUUGCAAAACAUCGUAAAGACAGAUUUGAAGUUCAUUUUGUUAUAUUUCCUUCUGACGUCGGCACAUUUGAGGCUUUUGAAAAGGAGAUGGAAUCCCUCAAAUCACAACAAUCAACUGCCAACGUUCCUCUUGCGUUGGCGAACCCAGAUGAGUCCCGCAGCAAGAAAGCUGGGACUCCACACAUCAGCCUGAUGGGCCCGUCCGCUGAAUCGAUAAGAGAGGCCAAGAGAUGGCUCAGUGACCUUUUCAGAUCCUCUGACCACAUUACUAUCCAGAACAACUUCAUCCAGCACUUCAGUGGCCAGGAAUAUCAGCAGCUGGCUUGGUUCAUCCAGGAUGGAGUCUCCGUGGAGGAGUUUUUCACAAAGGGCCACGCUUGCAUAAGUUUGAACAGUGAAUCACAAGAAAGCGUCACUGAAGCUGCACUGCAGGUGGAGGCCAUGCUCCAGGAAGUCCAGAAGGCGUUUGUGAAAGAGGAAACGAAAGAAAUUCAACUGAUGACACAAAGUGAAGUUCUGUUCUGUGACAGAAAACCAGUUGACGUGUCAAGCCAUGAGUUCAUUGACGUAGUUAAGCCUUUCAAAAAUUCGCUGCUGAGCCCAGUGAAGGUGGAAAAAGUUGAAAACACCGCACUGGACAUCCUGUUUGGCCUCAAGCAAAGUCAGCUGCAGUGCAAUUCAACUCGAAAAAUGUACCAAUGCAUCCCUGCACAGUUCUGCAACAUGAUCAGCCGUGUUGGAUUCCACGCAGAGAUUGCACCACCAGAAGCUCCAGACUUCGGAGAGGGCAUCUACUUUGCUGCCACAGUGGAGAAAGCCAGGGAUUUGUGGAGGGGGAGUAAAGAAGAGUAUCUCUACUUUGUUGAGGCUGUGGUGCUGGAAGGAAACUCCACCCGUGGAAAACCAGGGCUCAUCUUUCCACCAAGUGAUUCCCAGGGGUCGUUCAACAGUGUGAAUGGAGGGAAGGAGAUCGUGGUCAUAUUCAGCGGCUACCAGGCUCUGCCCAGGUACAUCAUCACCUGUGGGAAAUAGUUUAUCCCAGAACACCGUCAUCCAGUGAAGACGUCUGCCAUCAGACAGAAAUUACAAAUUCAUAUGAAGUAGUUCACAAUAAUCUAAAGAAUUACUUCAUUUCCCUGUUGCUCAUUACUGAAGUAUUUGCAGCAGGAUUCAGAUUUUUCUUUUGCUCUUUGAUUGCGAUGGUGACAUAACUGUGUGAAGUCCAGCUGUAAUGAUGUACUGAGAUGUAAAAACUACUGAGGGCACAGAGUUAAUGACAGUCACAUGAUAGAUGCUGUGCAAAGAUAGAGCCACAGCUCUUUUAAAUGAAGUCGAUUGGUUUUGUUUAGAGGAAGAUGGGCAAAUAAUCACUUGUGUGCUGUAUAUAAUUUUGGUUUGAGCUGAUGAUGCCUGUUGAUUUUUUUUUUAUUUUCUUUGCUGUAAUUUUAAGCCAAUGAUUCUGGGAUGGAUGGUAAUGUGAAUGAUUGUUGAUAUAUUGAAAUAAACAUCACAAAUG